AUGCCACUUAUCCCGUUCAGCAGCCCUGAGCACUCUCCAGCAGCCAGUACGAUUCUAUCACCUCCGGUGACCAGCCAGCAUUCAACAGAUAAUAUCUUAUCUUCGGCUUCCGCCCCAUGGUUCCAGAACCCAGCAGUUCCUUCAAGAUAUUGUGAAGGGCAGACACAAAAAUACGGCUCCGAACAUGACUCCAACUGCAAAUCAUCAAUAUUGCCGCCUUCUUCGUACGCGAAGAGCAGCUCGUAUCCAGGGCAGAAACUUGUGCUACCCGCCCUAGCUGAGGCCUCUGCAGAAGAGUGCACCAGCGACUCAUCUGUCUCCACAGCUGGAGAAGCUACAGACUGUGCCCCUAGCAGAUGGCUCGAAAAUAUGUCCACUGAAAGUUCUCAAGACAUCACUAUCGAGAAAGAGUUAUUUUCCCCCACAAAGUAUCACAAAGUGGCAACCAAACGAAUGGCAUUGAUGCAGAUUGAGGAGUGUCCAACGAAAGCCAGCGCACGCUCUUUAUUUUGGCCUCUGCGGAACUCCAAUACCACGCAAGCCGCCUCACCUUCAUGGACCUCUUCCUGUGAAAAGACGAUUCCUGGCGGAUUGCAUAGCCAGUGGAAUGUUAUGGACCUAUCUAGAGAACAAGUGGAUUGCAAUUCACUUGCAAAGUCGCCAUCACUCUGUGAAAGCAUUGAAACAUUUGCCGCUAGUGCUAGACUGGCAAAGGGAGGAAUAGGAAUUCGCAGUGGGAGUGCUCUGCCAUCUAUGGAGUAUCUAGACGAUGCUGACGAUGGACGGGCGUGGCUGGAUCAUCUAGAAAAGCUUCGUGGCGGUGCCCCGAAGGAAGAGUAUAAAAGGGAGAGGUCGCGGGUAGUCGAUGCGCUCAUUCGAAGAGCAGCUACAUACCCGAAAGUUUCCGGAAUAUACUUUGACAAACAUCAGCUCCGUUGGUCGGUUGGUUGGGCCCACAAUGGCCGAAGAGCAGCAAAGUACUUUCCAGUUAAACUUUUCGGGAUGCGUGAGGGAUACGACAUGGCUGUGAGCUUUAAAUCCACUAAAACUGUACCUCUGGAGCCGUCAACACCACUUCUGACGAAUUCAAUACAAGCAGCAGACGGACCAGCCAGCACUGCAAUGCGCAGUGAGAACGGGUCCACCAGGUCAAUAAUGGCAGGCGGUCCAGCAACUCGCGUGGAAAAGUCUUUGGUUUCUUUCACAGCCGAUGCUCCGGUCGCUUUGUCUCUUCAGCCACAGCCAGAAAUUGCAGGGGCCACAAGUCUGUGCAGCCGCACGUGGCAAGAAAAGUUUCGACUUUUCUCACCGUGCUAUUCAGAGAUACCCCUGGCUGCAUCAUGUCUCAUGCUGACGCCGGACAGCCAGGCAUCGUCGGAUGGAAAAAUUGCAGAAAUUUCAGCCACCACAACUACUAGAACAGGCGUUCAAAUUCCCAGCGGUAGACCUGAAAGAGUGAUACCACCAUCGCAACCAAUUUCCUGCACUGCUGGCAGUGACAAGGAGGAAAAUACUGGCCGAAUGCCAGAUGCUCACGCUUCAGCUCCCAGCUCUCCUGGCCGUACUGCUGACACCACGGUGCAUAGUUUACCUUGUUUGCGGCCACCUCACUCACAGUGGCCGUUCACCUCAGUGUCUGAGAUAGACCAACUUAAACUUUCGGCUCACUUCACUGCUACCGGUGGGAAAAUGGGACCACAGUCAGUAGUGGAAGGCCGGUUUUUGACUUCAGACGUCUGCUGCAUGGAUAGCACACAGGAAUCCAUGCCACAAGUGGCGGGAGUGCUCAUGACAGCUCCACCGUUUGCUCCUCAGCAUCCACAUGAUUCAGGUCAAACCAGGGACGGUGAAAAGCCACUUUGCUGUCGAAACCCCCUGGAAUUGUGCGGUGUUAACAAUAGUACGGAGGCAAGUGUCUCAGUCGUAUCAGCAGCUUCCACGGUUGGCAACCCAGAGAGCACAGCUGCAACAAGCGACUGCAGCCCUCAAACCUCGUCAUCAGCCGCUUACGGACAGGGUGGAACAGCGGGCUGGCCUAGUUGGCAGUCGCACGAACUUAAUGAGCUAGGUGGGCUCAAUGGGGAAGGGCCCUCUCAAGAUGAUGCCCCAGCUGUUGACCUUCCAGCAGCAAUGAAAAUGCUUCGACCCCCUUGCAAUUCUAUCCACGGUGUUAGUCCCUGUCACAGGGCACAGGUGCCAAGCCAACCGGUUAUGAACGACCGAAAGGAUGUGCUUCCAUACCAUCAGAAUGUGUUGACCGGAAACUUUCAAGAGAGGGAGCUUCUCUUAGGAACAACUGUCAGAUACGAGCGCCUACGGAUGCACCACAUUCAGCAGAUCCACCACACGCCAGGUAUCCAUUUUGACAAGCACUCCCUCAGGUGGAAGGCAACGUGGUAUGACAUAUCGGGGCACAGAAAGGCCAAGUACUUCCCCAUAGCAAUUGGAACGAUGCCAGACUCAUCAGCCGACCGGCAGCUCAGUGUGCUCCAAUCACUGACAGACAGUGGAUAUGACGAAGAAAGGGACAAGCGUCUGUCAAAGGCGUCCGGAAAACGUCGAGCAGAGUAUUUCCCAAUUCGCCACUUUGGAUUUCUGGGAGCUCGCCUAUUAGCUGUGAACGCUCGUAGAAAAAUGGAAAAAUUCUGUUCACAGGCCAGCGUCGGCGACGACGCAAAUGAAAAAUUCAAAAAGAAAACCCUUAGCCAGCAUGAUUUAUCAGGUGUUGGUGAAGGCGCCACGGAGGAGGUGGACAGCUUUGAAAGCCACACAGCUAAAGAAGCCUGUGUACAGGAUCUGUGGAACAAAUAUGUAGUUGAGACACUACAUCGCAAAGACGUUCCAAAGAGUCGCCAUUUUUCCACAACCGGGGAUACCUUUUUCAGUCUUGCGGGUGGCCUUCGAGCAGCCGAGGAACAAAUAGGUGGCGAAGCCAGCUGGGUGGACACAAAUUGUAAGACAGCAGAUGCCAGCCCCCAUGCAGAUGAAGCGGAGAGCAAGCCUCUAUCCAGCCAAGACGAAAAGGGGUCCAAGAGCGACUCGCCAGUAGGACCUGCCUGGUCUUGCCAAGAAAGCGUUACUCACUUUACUUCUAGGCUUGUGGUUUGGAUUGUAGUUGGGUCUUGCAACAUAGCCCAGCGUAGUGGCCUAGCUUGCGAUAAAAUACGCCCGGCGGACCCGGCAGGGGACAUGCGCUCUAAUACAUUCUUCUGCCGCUAUGCCUCACUCCAAACAAGCGAAUGA